AUGGCGCAAGGGGCAAGUGCAAGGCGAUGGCGCAAGGGGCAAGUGCAAGGCGAUGGCGCAAGGGGCAAGUGCAAGGCGAUGGCGCAAGGGGCAAGUGCAAGGCGAUGGCGCAAGGGGCAAGUGCAAGGCGAUGGCGCAAGGGGCAAGUGCAAGGCGAUGGCGCAAGGGGCAAGUGCAAGGCGAUGGCGCAAGGGGCAAGUGCAAGGCGAUGAUGGCCGGGUGUGUGAGCUGGUGCGAGUGAGUGCGGGGCGGGAGGAGACGGCAGGGGGGGUGGCGCAACAGGUGCUACGAGAUCAGGGCGUGGCGCUGGGCGCAGGGGGGACUGCAUCGCUGGUGUUCAAUGGGGUGGAGUGUGGUGGUUAUGAAGGCAACAGCAGGUGGUGUUGGCAGGAGGAGACGGCAGCGGGGGUGGCGCAGGAGGUGCUGCGGGAUCAGGGCGUGGCGCUGGCAGCAGGGGGGACUGCAUCGCUUGUGUUUAACGGGGUGGAGGUAAGAGCACUCAAAGCUGGUUGA